GGAAAACCAGAGCAGAAUCAUCAACAGAGGGGGAGCAUUGGUUUAUCGCCUUGGCCUGCUUUUCCAUUAUCCCUCUUCAAUUUGGGGUAAAGUUUGGAAUUUUCUGUAAAUUAAACCCCAGAAGCAAAAAUCUGUAGCAGCUGCCUCUGCCCCAGUUUCCCCACAAUGCCAUCUAAUGGGCCAGUUGACACCAGCAGUCCUUCUGCGGACCGGGAGGCAGUCGAUGCUCACAAGGGAGAAGAAGAUCCUGAGGAGAAUCGGAACAAGGAGGAGAAGCCAGAUCCAGGAAUCCCUGUGAGGAAAGUGGGGCGACCUGGUAGAAAACGGAAACAGCCAGUGGUGGAGACCAGUGAAAUCCCCAAAGACACAGCUUCAGCACCCAAGUGCCCCCCACCUACCCACAACACCAGCCCUAUGGAGCAAGUGCCCAAUGGAGAUGCUGAGAUGGGUGCUUCUGAGAAUUGCACUAUCACCGAUCUGAAGGGCAGGCAGCGAAGUGAAAACGAACCCAGUGGCCCGCCAGAAGGAGAGAUGGGACGGGCCCUGGAAAACGGACGCUGCACCCCCAAGGACAGUCCUGAUCCACCUACUAGUGAAGGUGAACAGAAAGUGUCAGAUCAGCCUCUUGUAGUCUAA